AUGACUGAAUCUUUAUUUGAUACAAAUUUCACUUCUGAAAACGAACCAAAACCAGAAUCAACCACUGAAAAUCAAUCCAUCGCCGCCACUGGUUCUGAAGAACCUUCUUCUUCUACCACUGCCACUACUCCUGCUACUGGUGCUACUACUGGUGCUGGUGCUGGUAAUGCUUCCAGCACUACUACCAAUGAUGGUACUACUGGUGCCACCACUGAAUCAUCUAGUGCAAACUCACCAAUUGAUCAAUCUACAUCAUUGCCUUCAUUACAAGAUAAAUCCAAUGUUGAUGCCUUGAUUAAUUAUCGUGUUUUAGUUUCUGCCAAAGAAGCAGGAUGUCUUAUUGGUACCAAUGGACAAGUUAUUGACUCAAUUAGAGGAGAAACAAAUACUAAAGCUGGUAUUUCUCGUUUAGUUCCAGGUAGUCAUGAAAGAAUUUUAACUGUUUCUGGUAAAUUGGAUGAUUGUGCUAAAGCUUUAAGUUAUUUUGCUCAAGCUUUAGUUAAUGCCAAUAUUGAAAGUUAUAAUUAUUUCCCAUUGAAACAAUUAUCAAGUACUCCAAAUACUGAAGAAACCACUAUUUUAAGAUUAUUAAUUCCAAAUACUCAAAUGGGUACUUUAAUUGGAUCUAAAGGUGCUAGAAUUCAACAAAUUCAAUCAAAAUAUAAUAUUUCCAUGAUUGCUUCUAAAUCAUUUUUACCAGGUUCAAAUGAAAGAUUGGUUGAAUUACAAGGAAGUGUUGAUGAUUUAUAUGAUUCUUUAAGAGUUAUUUCAAGAUGUCUUAUGGAAGAUUUUAGUUCCAUUGUUGGUGUUAGUUAUUAUGUUCCAAGAGGUAGUAAUUCAAGUAAUAAUAAUAGUAAUUCAUCUUCUUCAACUGGUGGCUUAUCAUCAGGUAGUGGUGGUACUAAUACUAAAAAAGCCACUUUAACAUUCCCAAAUGAUAUUGUUGGUGCAUUAAUUGGUAAACAGGGUGCUAGAAUUAAUGGAGUUCGUAAAAUCACUGGUGCUACUAUUUCAAUCAGUGAUGGUGGUGAAGAUGAAAGAAUUUUCACCAUUACUGGAUCUUCUCAAGCUGUUGAAAAGGCUAAACAAAUGAUUUAUCAAAAUUAUAAAAGAGAAGAAGAAAGAAGAAAAGCUGAAUAA